AUGAAGUUGGGUAAGGCACUAACUAGUGGAAACGACACGGUUGUUUUGGCUACUCCAGGAAAGAAAUGGUACAUUUGUGGAAUGGGCAAGCACUGUGAGCUUGGUGGCCAAAAGCUUACCAUAGCUGUGCAAUCUUUGGCACCAACUGCAAGCCCUGCACCUUCUCCACUCUAUGCUAAGCCUUAUGAAACCAAAUCAUAUGAAGACAAGUCAAAGCUUUGCAAAAGGAACAAGCGCUGUCGGAGUAAACGAGUUCCAACUCUUGGCAUAGCUUUACAAAAUACUGUUAAUUUUGGCACAACUUUCAUUUUUCACUAUGUUGUUGGAGCUCACAACGUAUUUCGAGUAAAUGGAACUGGCUUCCAAUAUUGCGUUAAUCCACCUGCAAAUGAGGCCCUAAGUACUGGGCAUGAUAUAGUUGUUUUGAGAACCCCAGGAAGAAAAUGGUAUAUUUGUGGUGUUGGCAACCAUUGUGAGAAUGGGUUAAAGCUUUUUAUCGUUGUGAAACCAGCUGAAACAAAAGCUCCCAUCACUAAAGGCAAAGAAAUCAUUGUGGGAGAUGAGGCAAGAUGGAGACUAGGUUUUGAUUACCAAGCUUGGGCUAAGGACAAGGACUUCCGGGUUGGAGACAAACUUGUAUUCAAAUAUCCGAUUGGAGUUCACAACGUGUUUCGAGUGAAUGGAACUGGCUUCUAA